UUUCAUUGCAGUGUCAUGUGUAUUGUAAAUUAUUAUCUAAAAAAAAUGAUUUAAAUAUGUAAUCUUUUUUCAAAACUCACAAUCUUCACAUAUAGAAGUACAUUGGGAUGUAUCGACGAGUACACUCCGAUCUUUAUGAUAGUUCGAGCUACCAAUCGUUUUUAUCGUUUAUAUUUUAUAUUUGUUUCCACGAAUAAUAAUGGAAGAAUAUUCUGAGAUAAGUGCAAAGGAGUUAAAGAAGCAAGAAAAAUUUCUGUCAACUGGCUGCUCUAAAAUAAAUAAAAUAUUCAAUGGUGGCAUUCCUUGUCAGGGUAUUACACAAAUUUAUGGUGCAGCUGGUACUGGAAAAACUCAAUUAGCUCUUCAGCUGUGUCUUACUGUACAAUUACCUUUAACUGAAGGUGGCUUUGGUGCUGGUGCGAUAUAUAUUUCUACUGAAGCUGCUUUUCCGGCAAAACGAUUACAUGAAUUAAUUCAAAAUUUAGAUAUCAUUCAAGAAUAUGAUAAUAUAAAUGGUGAUAUCAUAUUUGUGGAACACAUUGCAACUAUUGAAGACUUAGAGUCAUCUUUGCUUCAUAAAGUGCCAGUAUUAUUAAAUAGACAAAAAAUACGUCUACUAAUUAUUGAUUCUAUAGCUGCACCAUAUAGAGUGGAAGAAUGGAAUAGUGAAUCAAGAAAUAGAUCUAAAAGUCUAAGAAUUGUAGGACAGCAGCUACAUAAAUUAUGUAAAAAUAAUGGUAUUUUUAUAGUUUGUAUUAAUCAGGUAUCAGCAGUUUUAGAAAAUAAGAACAAAUAUUGUGACAUUAAAGAACAACCUGCUUUAGGAAUCACAUGGUCAAGCAUGAUAACUAAUUCUAUACAUUUUUAUAGAAAAGACUCUAUUCGUUAUGCUUCUACCUUUUUAUCACCUUAUUUGCCAUGUAAAACCAUACAAUUUGAGAUAAAUACGUCUGGAAUUAAAGGAAUAGAGUAAUGUAUAUAAUAGUGGAAUCUUAACAUAUGAUGUAAAAUUUCAGAUAUUUUUUAUUGUGCAAGUUCAUGAAUUUCAGAAAAUAUAUUUUCAUCUAAUAUUCUAAUAAUAUUUGUUGGUUGCCAUUUAUUUGCUGUAUCAGUAGGUAUAAAAGGAUCUGCUGUCCUUAUAUCUAAGUUUUCAACAUCAUUUUUUAAUAUCAACCUUAAAAAUUAUUAUAUUUAUGAAUUAUUGAAAAAUAAUUAGUAUAUUAUCUUGGACUAUGCGGAAAGUACCUGAAAGAAUGCAGAAAUGUUCUGUGAGGCUCCACAUCUUGUCUUUCACUGUACGUAUAAUCACCUAUUAUUAUAUGACCUAUAGACGAACAAUGUACUCUCAACUGGUGUCUUCUACCAGUUGUAGGAUAUAACAAAACUUUAGUGGCAGGUUUAGAUUUUCUUAAACCAUAUUCUAA